AUGUUCCUCCUGCUCUUGUUGUGCAUGUGUGGUCUUCUGCUGAGAGGUGAAGCACAGGACCGAGCUUCUCUCUGGAGGGGAAACGACCGCAGCGGGCGAUGCCAAUACACCUUCACUGUCCCCAGCCCUGCGGAGUCCACCUGCCCACAGACCAGUGGCCCAGAAAUGGAGGGCCUGAAGGCCAGGCUCGGUCUGCUGGAGGCGCUGGUGUCCCGUCUGACAGGUGGGGACACCGGGGGUCCCCAGGCGUCCGGAGCCAGGGUCCAGGCUGAGCUUCAGGAGGCACUGGACCGGGCUGCUGGGGAGAGGAACCUGCUGCGGGGGGAGAAGGAGCGUCUGGAGAGGGAGCUGGGGACACUGCAGCACAGGAUGGAAGAGAUGAGGAGGGAGAUGGAGAAGCUGAGGAGCAGACCCUGUCCUCUGCAGACCCCCGUGGCGCCGCCCAGCCAAUCUCUGCAGAACAGUGGCCCGAUGAGACCUGCUGCAGGCUCCAGUCAGUUGUCUCACCUGAUGACUCGACCCAACAGACAGAGGGACAGCAGCAGUCUGAGAGACUCAGCGUGGCAGUAUGGACAAACAGGUUUCCAGGAGCUGAAGGCUGAGGUGACGGAGGUGCCAGCUCCUGAUGCCGCUGAUAACAACACAGGUUGCGGAGAGCUGGUUUCAGUUGGGGAGCCUGUCACUCACAGGAAAGCCGACAACAUAGCAGGUAAAUAUGGUGUUUGGAUGCAGGACCCUGAGGCCGUCUCCCCCUAUGGACCCAACACGAUCUGGCGCAUCGACGCCAUUGGCACCGACGUCAGGCAGCUGUUUGGGUAUGAAGACAUGGAACAACUCUCCAAAGGCUUUCCAUCCAAGGUGUUGCUGUUGCCCGAGCUGGUGGAGAGCACCGGGGCCACUGUGUUCCGAGGCUCGCUCUACUAUCAGAGACGCCGCAGCCGCACCCUCAUCCGCUACGACCUGGCCUCUGAGAGCACCGCAGCCCGUCGGGACCUCCCCCACGCCGGCUUCCACGGCCAGUACCCCUACUCAUGGGGGGGCUACACGGACAUCGACUUGUCCGUGGACGAGCAGGGGCUGUGGGCCGUCUACUCCACCAGCAAGGCCAAAGGGGCCAUUGUGAUCUCGCAGCUGGACCCCAACACCCUGGAGGUGAAGAAGAGCUGGGAGACCAACAUCAGGAAGACCUCGGUGGCCAACUCCUUCAUCAUCUGUGGGAAGAUGUACACCGUGUCCAGCUACGCCAUGCCCACCACCGUCAUCAACUACAUGUACGACACCGCCACCAGCCAGGGGAAGACCAUAGCCAUCCCCUUCAGGAACAAGUACCACUACAACUCCAUGGUCGACUACAGCCUGGCUCAGAGGAAGCUGUUUGCCUGGGACAACUUCCACAUAGUGUCCUACGACCUCAGGCUGGGUCGCACGCAGGUCAACUGA